CCACAGGUUGGGUUUGAGAGCCGUGUGAUGGGUGACUAUCUAGCACGGUUCAGAGAGCACGUGUAUGUAGUCUGCGCUGGUGAAUGGAAGCCCCCGCCGCAAAAAAGAAGCGGCUUUUCCCACGGCUCUGUCACCAUUGACUCUAUUUAUUAUUAUGGUAAAUCAUUGUAUCAAGAUGUCAAUCUUAGAUCUUAUUUCAGUUCGAUACGUCCACCUACGAGACUCACCUUUGGCUUUCGUCUCGGUAGGUGUAUUAUUCUACAUUUUCCCAAAAGGACAUUCAUUCAUUUCUUUCUUCCCCGUCGACCACUACGACUAAAACGACGCGACAAAUCAAGACCCGGAAAGGAUAAGGGCCGGUGGUGGGCAUUUGGGAAAGUCGGGCCGAUCGGGUGUCUUCAUUCAAGCGAGGGUACAGAGGAAGAACGAAACGAAGUGAGAGGCCGGGGGGCAGGGAAAAGAGUCGAGUCGAUCGACCGGGAGAAGCAAAACGAAAUCAGGAUUUGGCCGAAAAAGAUGCAACGUUAUGGAUACCAUGACCGAUCACCAUCGAGAAAGAAGAAUUUUUCUAAAUCACUUCGGGUGAGCGGGGCCUUCAAGCAUCCGAAAUACGCCGGGGUUGUAAAUGACAUAGCCUUCCUGAUAGAAAAUGACGACUCCUUCAUAAAAACAAAGUUAUUCAAGUUCUUUUUUUUACCAAAGAAGUCCCGCUCUGACGGCCCGACGAGUCAUCUACUAAAAAGGACCCUCCCCGCUGUGCGCCCCUCCUUGAAUUAUUCGGUCAUGCAAUACUUUUUUAAUACAAAGAACAAAAUGCAUUUCGACCCCGUCGUAGUUCUCAAUCAUUUCGUGGCACCGGGUGUGGCUGAACCAUCUACGAUGGGGGGAGCGAAGGGAGGAAGCUUAGAUAAGAGAAUACGCUCUCGCAUCGCUUUUUUUGUAGAAAGCUCGACCAGCGAUAAAAAGUGUUUGGCCCGAGCCAAAAAGAGGUUGAUCCACUUCAUUCGCCAAGCGAAUGAUCUUCGCUUCGCGGGAACAACAAAAACCACCAUCUCGCUCUUUCCUUUCUUCGGUGCUACCUUUUUUUUUUCAAGGGAUGGGGUUGGGGUGUAUAAUAACCCAUUUUAUGAGUAUGCCCGGGAACAACUCCUAGGUCAAUUAAGGAUCAAAUGUAGGAACCUCAUGGGUAAGGAUAAGGUAAUGGAAUUGAUAGAGAAAUUCAUAGACCUAGGUAGGAUAGGCAAAUUGAUAAAGGGAAUAGAGAUGAUGAUAGAGAUCAUACUGAGAAAGAGGAGAAUUCCGUACGGGUACAACUCUUAUUUGAACGAAGUGCAAAAAAUGCGAUCUUUUUUGUCUAAUAGAACAAACACUAAUACCUUAAUUGAGUCGGUAAAGAUCAAAUCAGUUUAUCAAAGUGCUUCUCUGAUUGCUCAAGACAUCUCUUUUCAACUGAGGAACAAUCCAAUCUCAUUUCGUUCCAUUUUUAGUAAAAUAGUUAAGGAUAUUCCAUUAAUAAUGCCAAAAGGGGUGGAGGGGAUACGUAUUUGUUGUUCUGGUCGAUUAGGGGGUGCGGAAAUAGCUAGAACUGAAUGCGGAAAGUAUGGAAAAACAUCUUGUAAUGUAUUUAACCAGAAAAUCGAUUAUGCUCCUGCGGAAGUAUCUACUCGUGACGGAAUUUCAGGUGUCAAAGUGCGGAUCUCAUAUAGUCAAAAUAAGAAGGGACGUGCUAUAUCCGAAACGUACGAAAUAUAGUAAAUAUAGUAAAUGCAGAUGUAGUAGGGGUCGCGAACCGGAUGGUACACAACUUGGUUUUGGAAGAUAUGGCACCAAAAGUAGUAGAGCUGGUCGUCUUUCAUAUCGAGCCAUUGAAGCAGCGCGUCGGGCUACAAUCGGACAAUUCCGUCGUGCUAUGAGCGGACAAUUCCGAAGAAAUUGUAAGAUAUGGGUAAGAGUUCUCGCAGAUCUUCCUAUUACGGGGAAACCCGCAGAAGUUCGAAUGGGAAGAGGAAAAGGAAAUCCUACGGGUUGGAUUGCUCGUGUGUCCACGGGACAAAUCCCAUUUGAAAUGGAUGGUGUGAGUUUGUCAAAUGCUCGACAAGCCGCUAGAUUAGCGGCGCAUAAACCAUGUUCGUCAACCAAGUUUGUUCAGUGGUCGUAACGUAAUUGGUUAGUGGGGAAAAACCGGGCCGGGACUCAAAAUAAUUUUACGAAGUGUUUGUUCCGGAAGUGGAAAGACAAAGAGGGAUAGGGAGCUCGCCUCCUUCUUUUUUGUAAUCGCCGAAAUGGAAAUUGUACGACGACCCUUCUUGUUCCAGGCAUACGACCCUGAGACGUGACGGUGUCACUUUUCCGGCCCGGUAAAGUGACAGUUAUAUAAAAAA